AUGGUCUGUAUUCGAGCAAUCCUCGUUGGCCUCGCGGCCAUGCCCAGCCUGGGCUUCGGUGCUGCGCUCCCGCUUCCCCCAGAUGGCUGUCGGGAUGGUCCUUGCCCCCCGGUGGCCGCCGACGGAUCAUGGAAGCCUGUCACUUCCGUCAACCACGCAGCGAACUCCACCGCCACCGUCGCUCACAGUCACCCACCAAGCAAGACCUCGGGGAUCAUCCCCACGUCUACACACCACCUCAACUCCAGCUCCACCCACACCCUGGCCAAGCGCUGCCCUUGGCCAUGGUGUCUUGACCCCUUCCUCAUCCUGCUCAACCGCUACGCCGGGCCCAACUGCGGCACCUCCAUGGAAACCACCGAGCACGACGGCGUGCAGGGGAUCUUCAUCUCGACCCACGACUGGGACGGGGACCUAGCCGAUUCGGAAUGCUUUGGCGACCAAGCGUUUCAAAGCCUCGCGUGGCAGUGGCAGAGCGAGGAGUUCGUUUCGCUCGAUCUCUUCGGACAGUGCCGCCUGCAUGUGUUUGACGACAUUUCUUGUGGUGGAAAGCCUAUUUACACGGUCGACUGGGUGAAUCUCCCUGGUGCACAGACCGUAUGCCAUCCGGACGUCCGCGUUCCCGGGAAGCAAUCGGUCGCGCUUCGUUUGGAGUGUCGCGCAACGACUGAGGAGAGGGCCGAGUGGAUGCAGCAGCCGCAGGAUGUUACCGGACCGGCGAAUUGUCGACGGAGAGUCGACGAUGAGGAGAGGAUGAAGUCGAAGAUGAUCCUUUUUCCGAAUGCACAGACCUCGCCAAAUGUCUCGGGGGAGAACAACAGGAAAGAACGACCGGAUACUGAAAAUGACUAA